GUUUGCUCUACGUGCAUGCUGUACCAGGAUAACGGCGUCCCACUUGGCUGAGCUCUUUGUACUGGACACUUAGCGAAGUUUCCAACAGAUGAUAUGAGAGGCUGAUGAUCGCUGUGAUUAGAAGACGGCAAUGGGAGGAACACUUUAACAGCGAACAGAUAGUGAAGUAGGAACACUGGCCAUGGCUGCCCAUCGAAUUCGAUCUACCAAUAACAACAAUGCUCUUCCACGCUGCAAGUCUGAGGGAGCACUGAUUGAUCCAAGUGGGGGAGUGUUGGAAUCCACCCUCACUGAUGUUAAAGUGCCCACCCCUAGUGCUUUACGAUUGGAUGCCACUGCCUCAAUUGGAUCUGCUAGAGAAGUUAUCGCCAUUAAGGAUUACUGCCCAUCAAACUUUACCACCCUCAGGUUUUCCAAGGGAGACUGCCUUUAUGUUCUUGAUACAUCUGGUGGAGAGUGGUGGUAUGCUCACAAUAACACUGAGAUGGGUUACAUCCCAGCAGCCUAUGUCCAGCCUAUCAAACAUCAAGACUCUUCAUUCUCUGACAGUGGCAUGAUUGACAGCCUAGGAGAUAUAUCCAAGGAUGAGUCCACAGAACAGCGUGGAGAAUGGUCAGCGCUCACAAAACCUACAUGUCCUCAAAAUGGGAAUCCCUUUGUAACUAAGCGUAUGUCUACCAACCCUUUCCUUGAUGUUUCCUUGCAAGGGACAGACAAUCAAAACAGUACUAAGAGUUCAACAGGUCCACUUGAUUUUGAUGCAGUCUCUUCUCCAGAUUCAAAAAUUAGCAGCAUUAUUAAUGUCAACAAUUUUGCAAGUAAUAUAGUCGACACAAGUGGUUUGAGCCCUACCACUGGGAAAAGUCAAGUUCUUCGGAGGGACAACCCAUUUUAUAGAAGUAAACGUUGUUACAGCUUGUCAGAACUGUCCAUUUUACAGUCUCAGGCUGAUCUGUCUCAAGAGUUCUUGACUUUCUUUGGUAGCUUAAAAGCACCAACACCUGAGCAGUUUCAGAAUAGAGAAGACUUCAAAAAUGCCUGGCUGAAUCAUCGCAAGUUUACAAGGUCCUGCAUUAACCUAGAUUCCAUAGGACAGAACCCUGGCUGGGGUCAAACUCAACCAAUAGAGACCAACAUCGUAUGUCAGUUGGACAGCUCAGGCGGUACUGUCCAAUUACCUGACACUAGCAUCAGUAUCCAUGUGCCUGAGGGUCAUGUUGCACCAGAUGACACUCAACAAAUAUCUUUGAAGGCCUUACUGGAUCCACCACUGGAGCUGAAUAAUGACAAAUGUUCUACUGUGAGCCCCGUGGUGGAAGUGAAACUCAGUAAUCUAGAAACCAAAACCAAUAUAACUUUAGAGAUGAAAGUGUCUGUUGUAGUAAAGAUGGACAGUCGACAGAUAGCGAAAGUAAUUUGUGUCCGGAGUGACUGCAAGGAGGGACCUUAUGUUCCAAUUCCUCAUGCCGGUAUGUAUGGAGAUACAGUCCAAGUAUUUUUGGACAAUUUAGAACCAUGCAUGUAUGUGUCUGUUAUUGCUCAGGCUCAAGCUGUAGCUCCAUUCACUACAAUUUGGGAGCAUGUUGUAAAGAAGGUUACACUGGGGGUAUAUGGUCCCAAACAUAUCCAUCCAUCUUUUAAGACAGUGGUUGCCAUCUUUGGCCAUGACUGUGCCCCAAAAACAUUAUUAGUAAGUGAGGUUAAAAAGAUGACACACUGUAGUCCAUCAGUAGCCCUUCAGCUCUGGGGAAAACAUCAGUUUGUCUUGUCAAAGCCUCAGGAUCUUCAAGUUGGUGUGUAUUCUAACAUCUCAAACUAUGAAGUGAAGGCCAGUGAACAAGAGAGAGUAGUGAGGGGUUUUCAGCUCAAACUUGGGAAGGUGUCUCGUCUGAUCUACUUGAUAUCUGCCCGUGAUACAGGGAACCUCUCAGACUUCACACUACGAGUUCAGGUCAAAGAUGACCAGGAGUGUGUUCUCGCCCAAUUCUGUGUUCAGACACCCCCACCUCCACCAAAGGCUGCAACAGGGACCUCUGUGCCGAGGCGCUUCUUGAAGAAAAAGGAAGUAAACAAAAUUGUGCUUUCUCCUCUUUUGGCAACCACAAAGUACCCCUUGUUUCAGGAUCGACCAAUCAACAACCUAAAAUUUGGGAAGCUGCUGAAAACUGUAGUUAGACACAACAAGAACCAAUAUUUGCUGGAGUAUCUGAAAGGAGAUGUGAUGGCACUUUUGAGUGAGGAAAAACUCAAACUUAAGGGGCAUCUUUGGACUAAGGAAUGGUACAUUGGGUACUAUCAUGGCAGAAUAGGGCUGGUACAUGCAAAAAAUAUUCUUAUAAUGGGAAAGGUCAAACCAGUUAAUUUCAAGGGGGCUGACCUAACCUCAGCUAUCCUCUUGGACCAGAUCAUAAAGCCUUGCAGAUGUCUGACAUACAUCUAUGCCUCUGUGAGGAGUACUUUGAUGGAAAACCUGGGAAGCUGGAGAGCGUUUGCUGAUGCCUUGGGCUAUGUGAACCUUCCUCUGACACACUUUUGUCGAACAGAGCCAGACAGUGAGCCUGAAAAAGUGGCCUGUGUUCUGGAGAAGUUUAAGGAAGAUUGCAACACAGCCGAGGGAAAGGAGAGGAAGUCCUUCCAAAAGGAGCUCAUGAUGGCCCUCCUGAAGAUGGACUGCCAGGGUCUUGUGGCACGGCUGGUCCAGGACUUUGCCCUGUUGACCACGGCAGUGGAGCUGGCAAGUCGUUGGAGGGAGCUUGCCGAGAAACUGGCCCGGAUGCCUCGUCGGCAGAUGGACGCCUACGAGGCCCCUCAUCGUGAUGAAGAUGGCAUGGUGGACAGCGAGGCCAUGUGGAAGCCAGCGUAUGACUUCCUGUUAACAUGGGCAGCUCAGAUUGGGGACAGUUACAUGGAUGUUCUCCAGGAACUACACCUGGGCCUGGAUAAAAUGAAAAACCCUAUCACCAAGCGCUGGAGACACCUGACAGGAGCCCUCAUUCUCGUCAACUGCUUGGACCUCUUACGGAGCUCCACCUUCAGCCCUGCCCCACAAGAUGAUAAAGCCAUAUAGACCCAGUGUUUUAGAGGUCAGUUUUGUCAGUAAUACAUGCCUACUGAGAAGCACUGGGAUUAAAACAAUCUACUGGUCAUAAAAUGAGUGAUUAAAGGUGUUUAAGGCAAAUACCUUGUUCCAUGUGUUUUUUUGUUUUGUUUUGUUUUUUUAAUAAAAUAGGUUUAGUGAGAAUAGCAAACUACUGAUGGUUUACUUCAAAUGUGUUAAAAUGUAUCUAACACAAGGACUUAAAAAUGGCUACAUAGUAAGCAAUCGCUUCAAAAGUUUUUUGAAUAUGACAGAAACAAGCAGUUUGAAGGUUAGGGUUAGGGUUUCCUCUAUACAUUGUACUACAUGAGCUCUGCCAUGUCUAAGGCUAAUACACAUUAGUGUGGGGUCUGCAUGCUCCUUAUAAUUUCAGUGACUUGAAUCCAACAUGACUGAGGCAGCAUUUUUUUCUGUCCCAGUUGACUGAACAUGUUUUAUUCAGGUCUGUUUAAAAAAAGGACUGUGGCUUUACGUUUUACAUAGUGGUUUCAGUCCAAGCUGUUCUCUGAAUUGCGUGACCUCCGCUCUCUUCUGCCUUCACUCAAGACGUUUACUUUAAGACUCUUUAUCUUGAGCUGUGAGCCUUCUCCCACUAAAACCCAGCAAUGCGUCACAGUGUUAAAAGUGUUUGUACAGGCUCUUAGGUUUUUGCACAGUUUGUACAGAAUAUUUUCAUGUCAUAUUCAUAUCACUUUGGUGUUCUUAAAAGGAGUUAAAAAAAAGUAACAGGUCUGAAAUUUGUCAGAUGCUGGAUGUUAUGUGAGGCCCCUAACAUAGUAUGCUGUAUGUGAGAGAGAGAGAGAGAGAGAGAGAGAGAGAGAGAGAGAGAGAGAGAGAGAGAGAGAGAGAGAGA